AUGAAUCUUCUUCGUUUAUGUCAUCGAAUUAUCAAUCCAACACGAUUUACACUAAAUCGUCAAUUGCAACAAUUAUCUGCUACACAAAGGUUACCGUCAUCAUCGGUUUCCGUCGGUCAGGAAAUACAUGGUUACAUUGUUAAAGAAGUUACACCAAUACCUGAAUUUCGUUUAACAGCCAUCAAACUUCAACACAAGCUGACUGGUUGUCAACAUUUGCAUGUUGAUCGUGAGCAUAAGAAUAACGUUUGGAGUGUGGCUUUUCAAACAACACCGAAAGAUGAUACGGGUGUUGCGCACAUUCUCGAACAUACUGCACUUUGCGGUUCGGAGAAAUUUCCAUGUCGUGAUCCAUUUUUCAAAAUGACCAAUCGAAGUAUGGCAACAUUCAUGAAUGCAUUUACAGCCAGUGAUUGGACAAUGUAUGCAUUUUCUACCCAGAAUCAAAAGGACUACUUUAAUCUAAUGUCUGUUUAUCUCGAUGCCGUUUUACAUCCCAAGCUAGAUGAAUACGAUUUUAUGCAAGAAGGUUGGCGUUUAGAACACGAAAAACCCGAUGAUCCUAAGUCACCGAUUGUCAUCAAAGGUGUUGUAUUCAAUGAAAUGAAAGGAGUAUUCAGCGACAGUCAUCAAGUGUAUGCGCGUCGAAUACAAAAUAAUCUAAUGCCAACAUCGACGUAUCAGUACGAAUCCGGUGGUGAUCCUGAAGCUAUUCCGACGUUAACGUGGAAUAAUUUAAAAGAAUUUCAUGCAACACAUUAUCAUCCAUCCAAUGGAAGAUUUUUCACCUAUGGAUCAUUUCCAUUAUCCGAUACGCUAGCAUAUCUCAAUGAACAUUUACAAAAAUAUAAACAACAGAAAACAAAAGAAAAAUCCUCAUCUCUUACGGAAGAAACACAUUGGAAUAAACCACGCUCGGUAAAGAUUACUUGCUCGCCGCAAUCAUUCGUGGUCGAUCCAACCAAAACAACCACUGUCAGUGUUAGUUAUCUAUUAGGAAGUAUUCGCGAUACAUGGGAAACAUUUCUCCUGAACAUCGUCUGUUCAUUACUUGUGGACUCGGAAAAAUCGCCUUUCUAUAAGAAAUUGAUCAUUCCUAAUAUUGGUACAAACUAUUCGCCUGACACCGGAUUCGGACGUCAUACGUUAAAUACAACAUUUCAUGUCGGAUUACAAGAUAUUGCUAAAGACGAUGUCGAUCGGGUUAUUAAACUAAUCGAAGAAACAUUCGAAGAAGUAGCGAAGCAAGGUUUCGAACAAAGUCAAAUUGACGCUUUACUUCAUCAAUUUGAAAUUGGUAUUAAACAUCAAGAUGAAAACUUCGGCUUGAAAAUUAUUUUGGGUUUGAUCUAUUCGUGGAUUCACGGCACAGAUCCGAUCGAUAGUCUUCAAGUAACGAAGUAUCUCGAAAGAUUUAACGAUGAAAUGAAGAGCAAUCCGAAAUUACUUCAAGAUAUCGUCGAAAAACAUUUUCUAAAAAAUAAUCACAAAUUAAUAGCAACAAUGAAUAUCGACAGUGACUAUGCAGAAAAGAAAAAACAAAGAGAAUCUCAGCUUUGCCAACAAUUACUGUCUCAAUGUGAAAACAAACAAUUGAUCUAUGACAAAGGCUUAGAGUUACAAAAACGUCAAUCGGCAGUCCAAAAUGUGGAUGUUUUACCAACAUUAUCUAUUGCUGACAUUGAUAAGAAGGUUAUUCGUAUUCCAAUUAUUCAAGGGCAAAUAGGUAAUACCUAUGUUCAGCUAUGCGAACGGCCAACAAAUGGAAUCACUUAUUUCCGGUGUUUACUCAAUACAUUUCAACUACCGAAUGAAUUGAAGCCUUAUUUGCCAUUAUUUGUUAAUAUUCUCACAAAGUGA